AUGAAUAUGCAAAGUGUGGUUAUUGCUAAAUUUUCAGCAAGAUGGAUAGAAAGAUUAAUGAAUCUUUCAAACUUUAAUUGGUGUAUUGUUGACAUGCUUCCAAUCCUGGAUGUAAAUUUUUUUAAAUCAACAUCAAUUAAUGUUACUGCAUUUGAGUGCUGGCUCAAGAUUGUUGAAACACGUGAAAUUUAUUCAGAAGAAGAGAAAAAAAAAGCACAAGAUAAUAUAUAUGUGACAGAACUUGCAUAA